CUCAAGUCUGUAAUAAACUCCCUUUUGUGUUUGCAUCGGCUGUCUUUGGGUUCUUGGAGGCUAUGCUCGCUGAGUCUGCUGACCUUGGGCACAACAGGCCCCUCCCUGUCCUCCCAGCCCCCACCUCAUGCCCCCUGAGUCUUGGCCCUUCUCCUCCCGGCACCCCUUAACUCUCUCAGGAGCCCCCUCAUCCCUGUCCCCUUCCGCCCUGUCUCCCAGAGACCCGCAGGAGGAGGGUCAGCCCGGGUCUCCCCUCCAGCCCCCAGGCUCCCACUCCCUGAGGUAUUUCUCCACCGUGAUGUCCCGGCCCAGGCCCGGGGAGCCCGGCUUCAUCGCCGUGGGCUCCGUGGAUGACACACAGUUUGUGUGGUUUGACAGUGACUCUCCGGGUCCGAGGAUGGAGACGCGGCUGCCCUGGAUGGAGCAGGAGGGGCUGGAGCACUGGGAGGGGGAGACGCAGAGAGCAAAGGGCAAAGCACAGACAUUCCAAGAGAACCUUCUCGACCUGCACGGCCGCUACAACGGGGAGAGGCCGGGCUCUCACACCCUCCAGGAGAUGUCUGGCUGUGACGUGGGGCCUGACGGGCGCCUCCUCCACGGAUACAGUCAGUCCGCCCAUGAUGGCACCGAUUACUUGGCCCUGAACGGGGACCUGUGCUCCUGGACCGCUGCGGACACCGCCACUCAGAUCUCCCCGCGCAAUUGGGAGGUGGGUGAAGAGGCAGAGUGCUGGAGGCACUACUGGAGGAAACGUCCUUGUAGUGUCCUGGAGACACUGUGCAGAUACCUGGAAAACGGGAAGGAGACGCUGCAGCGCUCAGGUAAGAGGGACCUCAAGGUCUCUUACCUUUCCUCUGGCUGGCACCCGUGGGUAGGGUCAAAAAACUAAGCUUUUUCGGUCGGAGAGGGAGGAGUCCCCCUGGGUUCCAUGUUCUAUACUAGAGAAAAUCACCCAGAGGACCCUACUUUUUCAGGACAGUUAAGGAAUCCAGAUUCUCCUGACAUGGUGGUGGUGUAGAAAUAAAUUCUAGCCUUUUACCCAGGCAGAGGAAGAACAAGCAGUACUUCAGGAAUGGUGAGGUUGGGAGAAGCUUUAUUACUCAUGCAUGAGGUCCCAGACCUGGGGAACCCCAUAAGGUCUGAGCACCGAUUUAAAGACCAAGGGUUCCUUUUAUACACAACUAUCUCCAUGUCUGUUAUAUUGAUAACAUCAUGUUUCAGCAGCCACAACCAUUUGCGGCAAAGUCCCCAGACAAGAGGGACAAGCAAGGGGGAAAAGACACAGGCAUUCGGGGAUGGCCUUGGAGAGACAGACCAGCUGGUUGGCUGCCCAACCUUGUAGAUAAGAGUGCUGAGGCCCUGGCCAUGAAUCUUGAAAGGGAAGGAGCUGUAAGUCAGCCAACUUUUUGAUUAUGCCUGCAUUGGAAUGUUCAUUGCACCUGGGCUGGAAGUUCUGCUAGAAUCUUUAUUAUAUUCAUUUGCUCAAUAAUAUAUUUUCUCAUCAUUCCCCCCUUUGAUGCCCUUGUGAGUUAAAUUUCACACAGGGCAUCACCUAUAUACCUUUUUUUUUUUUAAAGAGAACCCUAAUUAUUACCCAGCACCAUUAUGAGGUGAGAGUCACCAGAAUCCCGGGGAGGAGCAAUCUUACAUGGUUGGCUGCUUCAGGGCCUCUUCCCUGCCAUACAAAUACCUCCUUGGGCAGUGAUGAGCAGGCCCACUAUUCUUUGCCAGACCUGGGGCACUACAGAUGCUGACUCAGUUGGCAUUGGAGGGCUAGGGCUGAUCUAAUGAGAGCAUAAAAAUUUGACUUGGGGCCUCCCUGGUGGCACAGGCAGUUGAGCGCCGCACUGUGAAGCUGUCCGCAGCCUCUGCAGUGCAGGUUCGAUCCCGGCUGGCUGGCAAGAAUCCCAUGUGGUGAAGCAGACCUCUCCUGUCUGUCCCUCUGCUCCCCUCAGCAGUAUAUUUUAUCAGUCUGCCUGUUCUGUUCCCUGCUCUGUCUCUGGUGAAUCCUCUCACCCUCCCGUGUAUCUGGACUAUA